CCUGCGGCUACUACCGUAUUCGUCUACAUACCCAUUUUCUGUCCAAGGCGAUUGAAAAAUUUGACGAUCAGUAAACCAUCCCACGAUACUUGCCCCUCCUUCGUAUACGUCCAUCCAACCACUCUGAACUUACGCGCUGCGACAUAAUAAACUACUUUCGCCAUGGGUCAAACCCUUUCAGAGCCUGUCGUCGACAAGGCUUCCGACAAAGGCGAAGAUGACCGACUGCUGUACGGAGUGUCUGCUAUGCAAGGAUGGCGUAUCAGCAUGGAGGAUGCUCACUGUACCAUCCUAGACCUCUUGACACCUCAAAGCGACGACGAGAAGAAGGUCCACCCUUCGCGAUUAUCCUUCUUUGGUGUUUUUGAUGGGCACGGAGGAGAUAAGGUUGCUCAGUUCGCAGGAAAGAAUAUUUACGACAUUCUUAAGAAGCAAGACACAUUCAAGGCUGGCAAAUACGAGCAGUCUCUUAAGGACACUUUCCUUGCGACUGAUCGAGCAAUAUUGAGUGACCCUCAGUAUGAGGAGGAAGUAUCCGGCUGUACUGCAUGCUGCGGUCUAAUCAGUGGCGACAAGAUAUAUAUCGCGAAUGCUGGUGACUCGAGAAGUGUUUUAGGAGUUAAGGGAAGAGCGAAGCCUCUUUCUUUUGACCACAAGCCGCAGAACGAAGGGGAGAAGGCACGAAUCACUGCUGCCGGUGGCUUUGUCGACUUUGGCCGUGUCAACGGUAACCUUGCCUUAUCUCGAGCUAUUGGCGAUUUCGAGUUCAAGAAAAGCGCAGAGUUGGCGCCUGAGCAACAGAUUGUGACCGCAUUCCCGGACGUGGUUGCGCACGACAUCAGCGAUGAUGACGAGUUCUUAGUUAUUGCAUGUGAUGGUAUCUGGGACUGCCAAUCUUCGCAAGCCGUCGUUGAAUUCGUCCGAAGGGGGAUUGCAGCGAAGCAGGAUUUGGACAAGAUCUGCGAGAACAUGAUGGACAACUGCCUCGCGUCUAAUUCUGAGACUGGUGGAGUCGGAUGUGACAACAUGACGAUGAUUGUCGUGGGCUUCUUAAGAGGCAGAAGUAAGGAGGAAUGGUACGAAGAGGUUGCCAGCCGCGUGGCUAAAGGCGAUGGACCUUGUGCCCCUCCUGAAUAUGCUGAAUUCCGAGGACCUGGUGUUCAUCACAACUUCGACGAUAGUGACAGUGGAUAUGAUGUUGACAUGGAGCACAAGUCCAAAGCUUUUGGAAUCGGUGGGUACAAGGGCCGUAUCAUCUUUCUUGGCGACGGUACUGAAGUUCUUACCGACUCUGACGACACCGAAAUGUUUGACAACUCCGAGGAAGACAAAGACCUAGCUAGUCAAGUGUCCAAGAACUCUUCCGAAGACGGAGCUGAGCUAAGCCGACUGCCGCCGCGAGCUCCCUCACCUCCCCCGCGUACACCGAAGAAGCAAGAGGACAAGCCUCAAGCUAAGACAGAAGAGCCGGCCACAAAGGAAACAACCGCAGAAGCUGUCAAGGAGGAGCCUAAGGAGGCAAAGCCGGAAGCAGCAGCUGCCACCACAUCUAAGGAUUGAUUAACACAAUAACUCUGUUAUGCAGGAUAAUGUCACCAGAACUAUAUCGUUGGACGUGUCGACGAAUGUAUACCCACUAGUUGUUAAGGAUUCACCUCGCACACUCUC